GUAGAAGGAAUCCUAACACAUGCUGUUUACUAUAGACAUGCCGUAUGCUGUUCACAAUGUCUGCUUGAAACCACAAAUAAAUGUGUUUCUCGCUGAAUAGGUUAACUGGCUGCUAGAGUUGCAGUCGCGUGGUGAAGCUUGUUAUAUCCGCCGGGUUGAACCUUUAAUUUGAAACAUGACAGCUCUUGAAGGACAGCAUUCUGAGCCUGAAUGGACCAAAAAAGACCUGAUGAAUCUGUGUGCCUCUUUAAAAGACUCCAUCCCGAAGAAUAAAACACAUCGGGUUUACCAGCUAGGAAUGAAAGACGUUGACUGGGAGAAGGUGGCUUUCCCGCCUUACUCUGCAGAAGAAUGCAAGAAAAAGUGGACAGAAAUUUGCCAGCAGAUACGUAAGACACGGACCCUUACGGAGAUUAUUGUUGAGGCUGAAGAUGCCAUUUCUAAUCCCAAGAAGUAUAGAAAUUACUGGAAGAUUUUACAGGUCUGCGCUAAUUACCCGAAGAGACCAAGCCCUGCAAAUAACAUUUUUUUGGAAGAAAACUUUUCCUUGUACAAAAAGAAGCACCCAGGCAGCACACAGCAACAAAUACUUAAAGCUCUCCACAAGAAGUACCAAAAACUCCCGGAUAAAGAGAAGGCUUUAUAUGUGGAGAAACACCAGCUCGCUGCUAAAAAAUACAAAAGAGAAAUGCGGGAGUUGAGCAAAAAAGACAAAUUUCCCAAGAAAAAGAGGAAAAGGGUCUCUGAAACCUCCUCAGAUGAGGGAGAGAGUUCUGUAGGUAAAGAUGAAGAUUGUCCUCCAAAGCCUCCUAGCAGUGGCUAUCAUCUCUUCUGCAAAGAGCACAUGGUAUCUGCGGAGGGUAUUCCAGGUGAAAAAAACAUGGCGCUGGCGGGCCAGAGAUGGCGAGUUAUGACAAAAGAGGAGAAGAAGGAGUACAAUCAACGUUGCAGUGAAAUAAAAACACAGUACUUGGCCAAGCUGGAGGAAUAUUUAAAGAAUUUCAGUAUGAUGAAACAAAAGCAGAUACUUAAAAAGCUGGGCAUCAAAACACAGAUUUGCAGUGAACCCAAGAUGCCAAGAAGAUCUGCUUUCACCUUUUUUAUGCAAGAGAAAAUGGGACAGAUGAACAGGGACAGGGUGGCUCCACGGGCCCGCCAAACCAAGAUCAGUGAGAUGUGGUGGAAACUAUCUGAACAGGAGAAGGAGCCCUACCGGAGAAAAGUGGAGGAGGAUCUUAGUAAAUAUAAACUGGAGCUGCAGGCGUGGUUUGAGAAAUUGACACCAGAACAGCAGGAAGACUAUCAGAAGAAUAACAGCAAGAAAUGUCGGUUCCAUAGACGGUUAAAAAAGUAUGUUUCUGACCAAGAGGACUCUGAUGAAGUUUCUGAACAAGACGAUCAGUCCCACAGACCAACCAUCCCUCCAUGCACUGGCUCCAGCCCUUUGCAACCACACAAGCCAUCAGAUUCAGAAGAUGACAGCAUUGACAGCAGCAGUGAAGAGGACAAUGAUUCAGAGGACAAUUCAGAGGGUGAGGAGCAGGAGGAAGCCUGGGGAGAUGAUAUCUCAUUUGAGAUAUUUUAGAUGGCGAAUGGAAAGCGGAGGCAGCAAUUACACGCCAUCUUCAGAGAUGGAUUCUAGAAUUAAGAAAACUGUUGGAUGAUAUGAUGGCUACAAUGCCACAUGUAAGAACAGCCACGAUAACAUAAUCGACAUGGAUUGUCCAAGACCUCCAAGGAGCACACAGGGUCCCACAAUGUGGCCUUUAGUUUGGGACUGUGGCCUGAAGGGCAUCAACAACUGAUGUGUUGUAGAUUGCAAAAGCCUUGAGAGUUUGGUUUAAAAGCUCCAUGAUACGUAUGUUUCUGGCAUGGUGAGGAUAUAUCUUUUUGGAAAUGACUGAAACUCACUUUUAUUUUACUUUACUUUAUUCUUUUUGACAGACAGUUGUAUAUUCAUCAUGUAUCAUUAUGAUGAUGAUGAUGAGAAUUAUUUAUUUUAGAAUUGUGAAUGUAUAGCAUUGAUUAUUCCAGAGCACAUGUUCUUUAAUAGUUCUUAAUAACAAAAAUCAAGGCGUAGGUGGUCAUUUUGAUCAGCCACCUACAAAAUAAUCCAUCUGAGGUCACUGAUGUAAAAUAUAUCAAGUCAUUGUGGGUAAAGAGAAUAAAACAACUUUCAUUGUACGAUUGCACAAAUGGUCUUGACUUCAUUUGCUGUUUGAGAAUGAAGUUAAAAACAAUAAUGAAAAGGACAUUUUCAUUUUAGAUGUUCAUGUUUUAAAAUAGUUUAUGGGAUUUCCUGUUUUUCUUUUGACUGCUGGUAGAAGCAUGUAUUGUAUUACCUUGGCUUGGACUCUUGUAAAGUUGGUAAAUCCUGAGAGGAAGUCCUAUCAAUAAACAUGUUUGGAAAUUUACUUGAAAUUUAAAUUUAGCUAAGGUUCCUCCCAUUUCUAUUGAUCUUUGCUGAGAUGUUACUACACCUUGAUUGGAGUCCACAUGUGUUAAAUUGAAAGUCACACACCUCUUUAUAGAAGGCCUCACAGCUGAUGAUGUAUAUUAGAGCAAAAACCAAGCCAUGAGGUCAAAGGAACUGCCUGAAGAUGUCUGGCUCAACUUGGACUCUUCCAAGGGUUGGACAUCAGGCCAAACAGCCAAUGGGGGAGAAGGGACUUGGUAGGAGAGGUGACCAAGAAAUGGAUGAUCACUCUGACAGAGCUCCAGCGAUCCUGUGUGGAGAUGGGAAAAAAUUUCCAGAAGGACAACCAUCACUGCAACUCUCCACCAA